CAUUGGUUCGCAUGUUGACGUUUGUCCGUGGCUUUGCGCCAUGGCCUGUGUUCGCCUGUCCAGCGGCCGGGAGGUUUUCACACCAGAGGACUUCACUCGCUGGCACGCGCAGCUUGAGCCACGCGAGGGCGCAUUUUUUGAUAUUUUGAGGCAGGAUCUGGCCAAGCAGAUGCAGCUCAGGCAUUUCCGACGGCUGAGCUUGGUUUGCGGAGACCAUGUGCUUGGCCGAGACUGGUCCUGGACUGCCGAAUCCUUGGUAGCGGUCUUGCGGCCCUUCGCUGAACCGACGGCAGAGGCAGAAGCCGAACUGUUUGCGGCUGCCCGGAGCGGUAACUGCGAGGGGCUGGAACACCUCCUAGACACGCCCCAUGACCCGGAUUGGGUGGACAGCAGAACGGGCUGCACACUGCUUCAUGAUGCUGCGACACAAGAGGUUGUGAUUUGCUUGCUGGAAGCGGGAGCUGACAGGGACAAGGCCUGCAACGAGGGGUUGACCCCCUUACAUUUUGCCGCUGGAAGUGGGAAUUUGAAGAAGGUGCGUUGCUUGCUUGAAGCAGGCGCUGGAAAGGACCAGGGCAGCAGCCACGGAUUGACCGCGGUGCAUUUGGCCUCGCAAGGCAACGAUGUGGAAGUUCUGCGCUGCCUGUUGGAAGCGGAUGCGGACAUGGACCAGGGCUGCAGCAUUGGGUUUACCGCCCUGCAUAUUGCGGCGGUGAACAGCCAUCUGGGGGUCUUAAGAUGUUUGCUGGAGGCCAAAGCUGACAAGGACAAGGGCAGCAACGAUGGAUGUACUCCCAUGCGACUGGCUUCUCAGACAGGCAAUGUGGACGUGGUGCGUUGUUUGCUGGAAGCUAGGGCUGACAUGGACAAAGCCAGCCACGAUGUUGGACUUACGCCUCUGCAUGCUGCGAUUGGAACAGGGCAUUUGGAGGUGGCGCAUUGCUUGCUGGAGGCUGGCGCUGACAAGAACAAAGCAAGCCAGGAUGGAGCUACACCCUUGCACUGUGCUGCUUCACAUGACCGCGUGGAGUUCGUGCGCACCUUGCUCGCAGCUGGAGUCGAGAAGGACAAGGGAACCAGAUGCGGAAGCACGGCUCUGCAUCUUGCUGCUCACAGCGGCCAUGUCGGGGUGGUGCGUUGCUUGCUGCAAGCUGACGCUGACAUCUGCAGGGGCAGCGACAACGGGUGCACGCCUCUGCAUCUGGCGGCUGCGCGUGGCCAUCGCAAAGUCGUGCGCUGCUUGCUGAAAGCUGGGGCUAACACGGACAAGGGCAGCAAUAAGGGCUUAACGCCUCUGCAUGUCGCCGCCAAGAAAGGCCAUGCGAAAGUAGUGCGGUGUUUGCUGGAGGCUGGCGCCGGGAAGGACAAGGCCAGCAACAGUGGGCGAACACCUCUUCACCUUGCGGCUGAGAGAGGUCAUGUGAAGGUAGCGCGCGGCUUGCUGAAGGCUGGGGCUGAGAAGGACAGCUUCAACACCAGUGGCUGCACACCUCUUCAUCUCUGCGCUCAAAGAGGCUAUGUGAAGAUUGUGCGCUGCUUGCUGAAAUCUGGUGCUGACCAGGAGAAGAGCAAUAGCAGCGAAUUGAAGGCCUUAGAUCUGGCUGUUCAGGAUGGGCAUACGCCAGUGGUCCGUUGCUUGCACAAAGCGGGCGCUCGGACCUGCAAGAGAAAGCGGAGCAGUUUCCUGGCCGAAGAUCCCAAGCGGAGACGAAGCUGAAAAUGCUCGCACGGGAAUGCCUCAGAUGACUGGCUUAUC